AAUUUAUGUUUUUUUGACCAGCAAAGGUAAAAAAAGACAAAGAGGACAGCAUCUAUUAAAACGACGAGUCGUUUAACGGAAAUCCCGCGAAACUUCGACGAUCCAAAGUUCAUUCCUUUGAUUUUCGUAGUAAGCUUUGCAAUUAGCAAAAGCAAGAAGACCCACGUCGAGCUUUUCCUCGCUUUUUUCUUUUCCAAGACUCAGAAUAUCUUAUUCCCUCCUACUGCUUUUCUAAGAUCUCAUCCCAACCAUGGCUUUUACAGGAGGUGAUUCAACACUCCCUCACCAAGAUAGAGAAGAAGAACUGUCUGAACCCAAUACCUCCUUGUCCAGUUUCAUCAAUUCUCGCUUGAACUCCUCCACACCCAGGAGCCGCCAAUCCUCCCCGGCUAAUUCUCCCCGACCCGGCCCCAGUCGUUUCUCCUUCGCUGAUAGAUCCUGCGAUUCUAAGUAUGACUCCUCGUUUCAUGGGUUUAACAUUUUUGGUUGUCUCUUGGAUCAGAAGAAGCAGAAGCCUCGGCAGCAGAGAGCCAGGAGGAAGGUAGGGAAGGUGUGGUAUGGGAUGAAGCGAGUCAAAGGAAUCGUAAUCUUGAUUUUCUUAUUGGGUUUAUUUUUGUUGGUGGAUUGGAUCAUGCUUUCGCGGCUACAAAACCAUGGAAUCCAUCCCAAAGCUCGCUCUUCUACGAAUUCGGCUUCUGUCUCUGCACGGAAAGGGUGGAAGAAGUUUGGUAAAGGAAAAAGUGCACAUAAAGGGAUCUAUGGAAGGAUGUUGGCUCUAGCAGCUCAUGCCUUGGCAGAGGGACAGAAUAAACCUGAGCCAAAAGAUUUGUGGCUGGAACCAUUUAUUCCUGCUUCUUCUUGGAAGCCUUGCGCCGACCAACGUAAUUGGGAGCCUAAUGAAGGAAAGAAUGGAUACAUUUUGGUCACUGCAAAUGGAGGAAUGAACCAGCAGAGAGUAGCUGUAUGCAAUGCUGUCGUUCUUGCCAGAUUACUCAAUGCAACUCUGGUUGUUCCUAAAUUUUUGUAUAGUAGCGUUUGGAAAGAUGUAAGUCAAUUCAGAGAUAUCUAUCAAGAGGAGCAUUUUAUUAAUUACUUGUCACAAGAUAUUCGGAUAGUGAAAGAACUACCCAAGGAGCUGGGAUCACUAGAUUUGAAAUCCAUUGGUAGCAUUAUUACAGAUGAAGACAUCAGAAAAGAGGCAAAGCCAAGUUUUUACUUGAAGAAUGUUCUCCCUAUUCUACUUAAAAAUGGAGUUGUACAUUUUCUUGGAUUUGGAAAUCGGUUGGCAUUUGAUCCAAUACCAUUUCAACUGCAGAGACUUCGAUGCAGAUGUAAUUUCCAUGCUUUGCAAUUUGCUCCCAAGAUUCAAGAAACUGGGGCUUUAAUUCUUCAAAGGCUGCGUCAUCAUGAAAGUCAUCCUGGAGGACCAUUGGAUCAUUAUCUUGUUGGUUCAUAUGCUGAAGCAUUUAAGAGACAGAAUCAAAGUCAUCCAAAGAAAGCUUCCAGAUAUCUAGCUUUACACUUGAGAUUUGAAAUUGACAUGGUAGCUCAUUCUUUAUGUGAAUUUGGUGGAGGUGAGGAAGAGAGAAAAGAGCUGGAAGCUUAUCGUGAAAUCCAUUUCCCUGCCCUGACACUUCUUAAGAAGACCACAAAAUUACCUUCUCCCCAAGAACUCAGGUCAGAAGGUCUGUGUCCAUUAACGCCUGAAGAAUCAAUACUUAUGCUUGCUGCUCUUGGUUUUAAUCGAAAGACACGUAUAUUUGUGGCGGGCUCACAAAUAUAUGGUGGGAGGUCAAGGUUGAUUGCUUUGACAAAUUUAUACCCCAAGUUGGUCACUAAAGAGAAUUUGCUUUCACCGACUGAACUUGAACCGUUUGCUAACUUCUCAUCUCAGUUAGCAGCACUGGACUACAUAGGCUGUGCUGCAGCAGAUGCAUUUGCUAUGACAGAUUCAGGUAGUCAGUUAUCUUCUUUGGUAUCCGGUUUUCGAAUAUACUAUGGUGGAGGGAAAAUGGCAACAAUAAGGCCAAACAAACGCAGACUCGCAAGCAUAUUUACAAAGAACUCUACUAUUGAGUGGCGUAUAUUUGAGCAGAGAGUUAGGAAGGCUGUAAGACAAACUAAACAUGUCCAAACUAGGCCUAAAGGAAGGAGUGUUUACAGGUAUCCAAGGUGUAAAGAGUGUAUGUGCAGGACAGAAUAAUAUGUUUUUGCUUUAAUACUAAUUGUAAACUGUUAGAUUAAGUAUAUCCAUUCUUAAUUCGUUUUUUUUAAUCAUUUAUUGUCGAUUCAUUAUAAUUUUUAUGAUUCAUUAACUUGGUUUGGAUACCAUGGAACUCCAUACCAGAAGGUUACUGUUUGAUAAACGCUAUAUUUCUUUGUAUCAAUUUUCCUCACUGUUACUUUUAAUAAUGAAAUAUAUAUUUUCUUUUAUGUUA